AUGGGUGAUGAAGCCGUGGAGUCGUUCAAUUACGUGGCGCAAAAGCUUUCAGAAGACCAGUUGUUCCACGACUUUUCUCCACUAAUCGAGCACCUGGUUAUCGCUGACUGGUUAGCGACACUUAUAGUCAUUUGCCUUAUUAUCAAUUGA